GCCACCAACAAGUGGGGAACGGCCGAGAUCAGUGUGCAGUUGGAGUGUGUGGAGAAGCCGGCUGGACAGAAGCCACGCUUCACGACGCACAUCCAGAACCUGGAUGGCUUGAAGGAUGGCCAGUCAGCACACUUCGAGUGUACGCUGGUGCCGGUUAACGAUCCCGAUCUGAAGGUGGAGUGGUUCCACAAUGGCAAACCAUUGCGCCAUUCCACUCGCAUCAAGCCAGUGUCGGACUUUGGCUACGUGCUUCUGGACAUCGCUUACGUCCAGAGCCAUGAUUCGGGCGAGUAUGUAUGUCGCGCCUCGAACAAGUACGGAGAAGACUCAACCCGUGCUACGCUCAAGUGCUUCGGAAAGGGUGGCGUGUAUCUGGAAUCGCUUCAGCCGGAUUCGUUGGCGCGCAUCCGGGAACUGGAAAGUCAGGCGGGCGUAAAACAGACGGCCGCUGGUUCGCCAGUCGGUGAGGCACCACGAUUCACCACCAAGAUCUCCGACAUUACCAAGCUGGUCGAGGGACAGAGUGCUCACUUUGAGGCUCGCUUGACGCCCAUCAACGAUCCAGAGUUGGUAGUGGAGUGGUACUGGAAUGGACAGAAACUCCCGCAUGGACACCGUUAUCGCACGUUCCACGACUUUGGCAUCGUCAUUCUGGAUAUUCUGUACUGCUACGAAGAAAACUCGGGUGAGUUCGAGUGCCGUGCCACCAAUAAGUAUGGAUCGGAUAGCACCAAGGCUACGCUAAAGUGCGUUUCGAAGGCGAAUCUCAUUCUCGACUCGCAACUGCCACGCGGUAUGGAGGGUGGGCUGGAGAAAAUCCAGACACUGGAAGACUCGCUGGUGCGCACGCGAGAUGAGCGCGAGCGCGUUGAGGGAGGUCGCGCGCCAGUCUUUACCACGCCACUUUCGAACAUUGAUUCGCUGCGUGAAGGCGAGAGCGCUCACUUCGAGGCCAAACUUACACCGACCGAUGAUCCGAAGCUGAAGGUGGAAUGGUUCUGGAACGGCAAACCACUGAAGACCGGUUCGCGAUUCCGCACGUUCUGCGACUUUGGAUUCGUUAUUCUGGAAAUUUCGCCGGUGUAUCCGGAAGAUUCCGGAGAGUACUCGUGCCGAGCUACGAAUGAGUACGGUGAAGCAGUAACCACAUCCACGAUGAAGGUACAGGGUAAGCGCAGUAUCAUCCUCGAGUCGCAGCUGCCCAAGGGUAUGGAGGGUACGAUCGAGCGCAUUGCCGAGCUGGAAGGAUUGGGCAUCUCGCACGGUGGUCUCGGCUCACCAGACGACGAUACCGGCAAGCCACCAGAGUUUAUCACCACACCAUCAGACAUGACGCUGACCGAGAACUCGUUGGCACACUUCGAGUGUCGCCUAACGCCAAUCAAUGAUCCGAGCAUGCGCGUCGAGUGGUACCACAAUGGCAAGGCCCUGUGGGCCGGAUCGCGCAUCAAGACGAUCAACGACUUUGGUUUCGUUAUUCUUGAGAUUGCCGGAUGUUAUCAGCGUGAUUCGGGUUUGUACACGUGCAAGGCCACCAACCGCCACGGUGAGGCUACCGUGUCCUGCAAGUUGACCGUCCGUGGUCGCCAAGGCAUCAUUAUGGAGCCGCAAUUGCCAUCGAACUUCCGCACCGGUACAGAAAGUAUUCAGAAGCUGGAGGAACAGCUGCAUAAGCGCGAGGAGCUGCUGACCGACGAGGAGGAAGGCAGGCCGCCGAAGUUUGUCGUCGACAUUAAGGACAACGUGGAUAUACCCGAAGGUGGUCCGGUUCACUUUGAUUGCCGUGUCGAACCUGUCGGUGAUUCGUCGUUGCGCAUCGAUUGGUACCACAAUGGCAAACCGUUCGCAACGGGUUCGCGUGUUCAUAUGUUGAAUGAUUUUGGAUUCAUUGCACUGGACAUGGACUAUGCUUACGUUCGUGACUCGGGAGUGUACGAGUGUCGCGCCACCAACAAAUGGGGAACGGCUUCAACCACCGCCAAGGUGACCGUGGUGUCGCGCGGAGGCAUCGUGCUGGACUCGCAGCUACCAGAGGGAAUGACUGCUUCGAAGCUGAAGGAGCUCGAACGCGGAAAGGUCACACUGGCUACGCAGGAAGAACGUACCUUCGGGCCACCGAAAUUCGUGUCGCAGAUCCAAUCGGCCACCAUUGAUGAAGGCGAAACGAUCCGCUUCGAAUGCCGUGUCGAACCGAAAGAGGAUCCGAAGCUACGUGUAGAGUGGUUCCGUAAUGGCAAGCCACUACCCAGUGGUCACCGUUAUCGCACCAUCUACGAUAUGGGCUUCGUAUCUUUGGACAUUCUGUCCGUGUACACCGAGGAUGCUGGUGAUUACACUUGCCGCGCUUACAACGAACAUGGUGAGGACUUGACGAAGGCCCAUAUCAGUUGCAAGAAGCUGCCGUCGAUCGUGCUGCAGAACCAGAUUCCGAAAGGAAUGCAAAAGUCGGAAACGCUCAUGCAGAUGGAGGCAACGAUCAAGAAGUACACCGAAGAGAUCUUCCUCACCGAGGAUGAUUUGUUCGAUCCUGAUCGUAAGCAGCCACCGCGUUUCGUCACCCAGAUCAAGGAUCAGAUCAAUCUGGUUGAAAUGCAGGCCACCAAGUUUGAGUGCCAGCUAGCUCCGGUCGGUGAUCCCGACAUGAAGGUCGAGUGGUUCUAUAAUGGCAAACCGUUGCCAUACAAGAACCGGUUCACUCCGAUCUACGACUUUGGUUAUGUUGCAAUGAACUUUGGCUGGAUCUACCCGGAGGAUAGUGGGGAGUAUCUGUGUCGUGCGACGAACUUGUAUGGCAUGGAUGAAACUCGUGCCGUCAUCAAGACUACCGGCAAACCGGGUAUCGUGUAUGACUCGCAGCUACCGAAGGGCAUGAAGAGUAUUCAGAAGAUUCGUGAGAUGGAAGCAUUGUGGAACUUGAAUAUUCCGGAGGUCAUCGAUGAGACACAGAAACCUAAAAAGGAACCAGCAUUUGUCAGCCGUCCGGAGUCGAUCGAGGUGGAAGAAGGUGAAUGGGCUCGGUUCUGUUGCCGUGUCACUGGACAUCCGAAGCCUCGUGUCAUGUGGCUGAUCAAUGGGCACACGGUGGUGAAUGGUCAGCGUUAUAAGCUCACGUAUGACGGCAUGUAUCAUUUCGAUAUUCCGAAGACACGUCAGUACGAUACAGGCAAGAUUGAAGUGAUCGCUCGUAGCUCCGUUGGGGAGGCACACGCCAGCUGUGAACUGAAGAUCACACCUCGUCGUGACGAUUACCGUGGAGUGCUGAAGAACUCUCCAAGACCAUGGUACGACUACGAUCUAGUCGCCUAUCAGAAGGGACGCAAUGAGAACGAGCUGGAGGUGACGCUGCAGGAGGAAAAAGCGAAGAAGAAGCGCGUCACCAAGGUUACGCAGAAAGCGAAGGCCAAGAAAGAUGGCGAGACGGAAUGGCAGAAGACGGUAAAAAAGAAGAAGGGUGAAGAGUACUAUAACAAGCUGGCUGAGCUGGAAACGGAACAGAUCACGAAGGAGCAGAAGAUGCGUGAGGAGAAGCACCAGUUCGCGAUCCCAGGCGAGAAGGUUGUCAGCCAAUCGAUUGCCAAGGGCAUGGCCAGUGCAUACGAACAAACACUGGAGGAAACAAAGAUUUCUGAAAACGUUGAGCUUAUCGAAGCGCCGAAAGUGAAGUUGAUUCCCGAGCCUGCGGAAACAUCGGUUCAGGGUAAGGAGGUACACGUUUCGCAGCAGAAACAAACCCAAAAGGAGGUGUAUGAUGACAAGGAGAUCAUUCGCAAGAUCACCGCUACCGAGACGACCGAAAUGGAGCACAAGGGUACCACGCAGGAACGUGUUGUGGAGGGUCCAGUGCAGCCGACUAAACCACCAGUGUUUACCAAAAAGAUUCAACCGUGCCGCGUGUUUGAGAAUGAGCAGGCGCGCUUCGAAGUCGAAUUCGAUGGUGAACCGAUGCCCACAGUCAAGUGGUUCCGCGAGAACUUCCAGAUCAACAACUCAUCCGAUUUCCAGAUUCACACGUUCGGCACGAAAUCGGUUCUGAUCAUCCGUCAGGUGUUCCUCGAGGACUCGGCUGUGUUUGCCGUGAUUGCGGAAAACCGCGGCGGAACAGCCAAGUGUAGCGCUAAUUUGGUGGUCGAACAGCGCCGCCAGCAAGGCCGCGGUGGCAUUAUUCCGCCCAGCUUCGUAAGCACGAUCACGGACACCACGGUAACGGCUGGCCAGUUGGCUCGUUUUGACGCCAAGGUUACCGGAACCAAACCUCUCGACGUUUACUGGCUAAAGAAUGGCCAAAAGAUCGCUCCGAACAUAAAGUACAAGAUUCUCGAGGAGGACAACAACUAUACACUGUUGAUCAUCGAGGCGUACGCCGAGGAUGGUGCCAAGUACGAAUGUGUUGCCAUUAAUAGUGCCGGUGAGGCCCGCUGCGAUGCGGUUUGCAACGUGGACACUCCGGUUACGCCUAUUAUCGAGAAACCGGCCACACCGGGAACGGAACGUCCGCCAACUCUGGUCGAGCCGCUGAAAGAUAAGACAGUUCCCGAGGGACAGUCGGUGGAGUUCCGUACGCGUGUCACUGGCAAGCCGAGCCCGACUGCCCAGUGGUUCAAGGGCGACAAACAGAUCAAGCCGUCUAAGUACUUCCAGAUGGCCAAAGAUCGUGAUACCUUCACGCUCAUCGUUACUGAGGCGUUCCCGGAGGACGAGGGACAAUAUCUGUGCAUCGUUUCGAAUCCGGGCGGUGAGGUACACACCACUGCCACCUUGAAGGUGGUCGCUCCCGAAAUGCAGGAUGCGGUACCAAAGCUGAGCGAGAUGAAGGAUUGCAUCGUUGACGAGGGAUCACCAGCACAGUUCAAGACCACCAUUGUUGGAAAAUCAUCAAAAAUGACUGUUCAGUGGCUACGUGAGGGUCUUUUGAUUCCGGAAUCACCCGAUUUUCAGAUGAUCAACGAGGGCAACAAUGCGGUGCUGCUGAUCGGCACAACCUACGAGGAGGACUCCGGACUCUUCACCUGCCGAGUGACCACGUCCGCCGGUCAGGUCGAGACGUCAGCCAAACUGAUAGUCAAAAGUAAGAAUACUCAGUAGAAUCAAACCAACUAGAUCCUCAGCCACAGAUCAGUAAAUAAUCAAGGAUCUAUACACUAUCCCCAACAAGAAUGCCUCGUAGUACGGGGUUUUGCGUUGUUAAGCUUUGCCAGCGAACCAUUUUACAUUAACUUGAUAACGUUCGUGCAAAUAGUUGUGCAAUACGUACUACUUAUUAUGCAGCGUCUCACAUACAUUACGCUUUUUGCCGGUUACCGGUGGUUGAGCGAGUGUAUUAUGCUUUUGAAGAAGAGGAUAAAACCAACAAAAAAAGUUGAGAUUUUUUGCUAAUGUAUUAACACGGGUGUGUGUGUGCGUAUGUGUGCGUUAGCGAAAGAGAGAGUGAGAGAGAGAGAGAGAGAGAGAGAGAGAGAAAGAGAGAGGAAAGUGAGCGAAAUAGAAGCUGGAUCAACGAUUCGAGGACAUUUUAAAGGCGCAAAAGUGAUCAUCGGCAGCAGCGGCAGCAGCACAACCUGUCUUAUUGUUCCACCUUAUGUCAUUCAUUUCUUCCCUCUAACUUCCGGUUUUACUUUUGUUCAACAUUAUGUUUUAUGUUUCAAUGAUUUCUAUCACCCCCUAUUUAUUUAUUCGUACUCGGAAGAAGAGGUGCAUAGAUUUUUAACUAACGAACACGGUGUGGGAAACAUGCUUUUGCAGUUUCAAUAAUCGAUCAUGAAAUCAUAGGUGGAAUCAGAUAAAGUAGCAGGCCAGUGUAAAAAUAGGCAUACGAGCGGUGUUCGGUCAAAGUGCAUACAAUCUCGACGGUUAGAUCCAAAGAUGAUGCUUAAGUUUGUAAAACAAUUAUAUCAGUAAUGAGUAGAGCCCGCCGGUUGAUUGAUCCGGCAUAGUAUCGUGCGUCGCAUAUGUUGCUUCAUUAUUGCUUCAAUUAUUUUAUACAUCAAUAUAGCUUUUCAGUUUUUUAAACAAA